UGCUUGAGACCUGGGAGUGACCCCCGGCUCCCCUGACGUGCCUGGCUCUGCCCCUACUCCCCUCUCUCCCUCACACUCAAGCACCAAAGAGGAUUUCUCUUCUAUAGCACAUCUGAGCAGGGCCCCAGGGCCCGGGAGGAGCCGAGGAGCAAGAGGCAGCCAUGGGGGCCUGUGCUGUUGUGACUGACGCCAACAUCUCAUUUGGCCUCGAGAGCAACACCACAGGCAUCACAGCCUUCUCCAUGCCCGCCUGGCAGCUGGCACUGUGGGCCACAGCCUACCUGGCUCUGGUGCUGGUGGCUAUGACGGGCAAUGCCACGGUCAUCUGGAUCAUCCUGGCCCAUCAGAGGAUGCGCACCGUCACCAACUACUUCAUCGUCAACCUGGCCCUGGCCGACCUCUGCAUGGCCGCCUUCAAUGCCACCUUCAACUUCGUCUACGCCAGCCACAACAUCUGGUACUUUGGCCGUGCCUUCUGCUACUUCCAGAACCUCUUCCCCAUCACGGCCAUGUUCGUCAGCAUCUACUCCAUGACUGCCAUCGCCGCCGACAGGUACAUGGCCAUCGUCCACCCCUUCCAGCCACGGCUCUCAGCCCCCGGCACCAGAGCAGUUAUUGCUGGCAUCUGGUUGGUGGCCCUGGCACUCGCCUUCCCCCAGUGCUUCUACUCCACCGUCACCACGGACCAGGGCGUCACCAAGUGUGUGGUGGCGUGGCCUGAAGACAGCGGCGGCAAGACGCUCCUUUCGUACCACCUCGUGGUGAUCGCCCUCAUCUACCUCCUGCCUCUCGUGGUGAUGUUCAUUGCCUACAGCAUCAUCGGCCUCACGCUCUGGAGACAAGCGGUCCCCGGGCACCAGGCGCACGGCGCCAACGGGCGCCACCUGCGGGCCAAGAAGAAGAUCGUGAAGACCAUGGUGCUGGUGGUGGUGACGUUCGCCGUCUGCUGGCUGCCCUACCACCUCUACUUCACCCUGGGCAGCUUCCAGGAGGACAUCUACUGCCACAAGUUCAUCCAGCAGGUCUACCUGGCGCUCUUCUGGCUGGCCAUGAGCUCCACCAUGUACAACCCCGUCAUCUACUGCUGCCUCAACCACAGGUUUCGCUCUGGAUUCCGGCUUGCUUUCCGUUGCUGCCCAUGGGUCACGCCAACCGAGGAGGAUAAGCUGGAGUUGACUCACACUCCAUCCCUCUCCAUGAGGGUCAAAAGGUGUCACACUAAAGAGAUUUGGUUCAUGGCCGGCGACGUGGCUGAGGCUGCCAACGGGCAGGCUGGAGGGCCCCAAGAUGGGCUGCCUACUGAACCUUGA